AUGCCUACACAACGGGGCGAUCGUUCCUUCAAGAUUAUGGUCAUCAAUCCGAAUGUAUCCACGGAGAUGACAGAUGCUUUGAAGCCUGUAAUAGAGAGCCUCAACUUCACUGAUGUUGAGUGGCAUUUCUAUACCUCUCCGAGAGACGUCAAUCCAAACGACCCCCACAGUCCAGAACUCCCCAUCGACAGCAUCAACAGCUCUGUGGACUCGGCCAAGACCGCAUGGGUCUGCAGAAACACCGUUCAAUACAUCCCAGAUUUUGAUGCAUUCCUCGUCGCCUGUUACUCCGCCCACCCUCUCGUAGGGAUUCUACGCAAGGCAAUUGCGGAUUACGAAACGGAACAUGAUACCCAACGCCACCGUUAUGUGACUGGCAUUUUCGAAGCUAGCGUCACCACAUCUCUCUCCUUGAUCAGCGCAUUCAACCUGACUUCCGUUCUGUAUGCGCGCGAUCAGGUUGAAGACUCUUUUGGCAUCGUGACUACUGGCAGCGGAUGGAAGCAAGAACUCACGAAUGCGGUCACCGAGAUGCUUGUUGGCAAAGAUCGAGAAGUCCCUGCUUGCUUUGCGGGAGUUGAGACGACUGGUCUGUCUGCUCUCGAACUACACAAGACUGACCCUGAGGAGGUCAGACGUCGAAUCUCGGAGGCUACCACCAGACUGCUGAAGAACUCAUCUACAUUUGUGGCAGCAGUCUGCUUGGGCUGUGCUGGCAUGGUGGGCAUGGAAGAAGCAGUGAGAGAAGGCUGCAUUACGGCCUACGGCAAGAAAGAUGGCCAUCGAGUCCGAAUCAUUGACGGAGUUGUUGUGGGAGCUCGUCAACUCGCCGACCACUGUCGAACUGGCUAUUAG